GAAUUCCUGUUAAGAAUGGCUUCAGAUCUCAGAAUCUCAUUUCAGGGAGAACCAUCUAGGAAUGAUCCUGGGUCAGAAAACCUAGAGCAUAAACCCAGUCAAGGACCAGCCGUUCAGGAAGAGGAGGAGACCUAUGAGUUCCUGAGGACACAGCUCAGUUUAUUACAAAACAGUAAUAACUCAUGUGCAAGGCAGGAACUGCAAAAUCUCUAUAAGUUAUUUCACUCUUGGCUGCAACCAGAAAAACACAGCAAGGAUGAAAUUAUUUCUUGUUUGGUCCUGGAACAGUUUAUGAUCAAUGGCCACUGCAGUGACAGGUCCAUGUUGAAAGAGAAAUGGAAUGCAAGUGGCAGAAACCUAGAGAAAUUCAUGGAAGAUCUGACUGACGAGAGCAUGAAGCCACCCGGAUUAGUCCAUGUCCACAUGCAGGGACAGGAAGCCCUCUUUUCUGAGAAUAUGCCCUUAAAAGAAGUAAUUGUCCAUCUAACAAAACAGCUGUCAGUAGGAUCCCCAACAGGAACAGAUAUGGAGACGCCCUCCUGGACUCCCCAAGAUACUUCCCUGGAAACAGGACAAGGAGAUAAAGAAAACGGUGACAACAUUUAUCACAUAAAUGACAGCAUUACUAGUCAAGGCAAUGAAAUACCUUCCCUGCUCAUUAUCCGGGAAGAGGACUGUCCCAGGCCGGAAGAGGACAGUGUUUCUUUGAAGAAUCCGCUCAGCUCCAGAAAAGCAGGUCUAGGCAUGUCCGGGUCCCAGGAAGGGUCCCUGAAAGGACCCUCGUAUCAAGAUGUCCUUAUGGAGGGGGGACCAGGGUUUCUCUCUCAGUCAAUCCAGGUCAGCCCUGAGCCUGUUCCUACCCACCAGAGAACUGAAGGGAACUCCACACGUGGGGGACACCAAGAAAGAUGCCGUGAAGCCCAAAACUCAUACAGAUGUGAAAAGUGUCCCAAGAUCUUUAGGUAUUUCUCUCAGCUAAAAGCCCAUCAGAGAAGACACAACAACGAGAGGACAUUUACUUGUGCUGAGUGUAACAGAGGCUUCUUCCAAGCAUCAGACCUGCACGUGCAUCAGAAGAUUCACGCAGAAGAGAAGCCUUUCACGUGCAGCACGUGUGAAAAAUCCUUCAGCCACAAAACCAACCUUCUGGCCCAUGAGAGAAUCCACACGGGAGAGAAGCCCUAUGAAUGUUCCCUCUGCCAUAGAAGCUACCGCCAGUCAUCUACCUACCACCGCCACCUGAGGAAUCACCAGAAAAGUGCCUUCAGAGGUGUCUCUUCCACACCAGAAGCUUCCUCGGGUGCAGCCCCAAUGGAAUGAUAUGUGAAUGUGUCUGUAAGUAUGUAUAUUUCCAUAGUACUUCCCUGUUUAGAACAUAUAAUUUCCUGAUUAUAUUUUCCAUUUAUUGUCUUCACUAAAAUGUAAGUUUAAGGAGGAAUUUCGUAGUUUGUUCUCUAGAGUAUCUCGGGUGCCUAGAAAAGUGGCUGACAAAUUUCAAAUAAGCAAUGAAUAUCUGUUGAACAGAUGUGUAAUGUUGGUGCUUAUUACUUAAAAUCCAGGAAUGUUCAACCCCAGAACACAAAUAGUAGCUCCUGGUGGACAAGUGAUGCUUUCCUUCCUGCUCCCCUCUCCUCUGUCCGCACACUUUAUCUUUACUGGGCCACAUGCACUUAAAAAGGUGGAGAGCAGAGGCAGAAACCCAGAAAUAGGCCUUAGCCUAUAAAAGAAAACCUUUAUAUUCAAAUGAUAUUUUUCUGUAAUUCACUGGAAAUAUUAAUAGCUAAACUGUACCUAAUAUGAUUGGUGACUGAAAGUGUC